UUCCGCCAGAGGCCCCGCCCUGCAGCAGCCCCUUUGCUUGCCCACGGGGCGGGGCGUCUCGGGCCGGCUUCUGUUUCGUCCGCCUGGGGGCGACAGACCCUGGCGCCAGCGCGCUGCCCUGCCUUCCUCGCCGGCCGGCGCCUUUCUGGUCCCUGCUGCCCGAGACAUGCCGCCGGACUGCCUGUCCGCGGAGAGCGAGCGGCGCUGCCGGCGGCUGCUGGCAGAGUCCACCGCCCGGCUCCGCGCGCGGCCCGCGGCGGCCGCGGUGCUCGUGCCGCUGUGCCUAGUGCGCGGGGUUCCCGCGCUGCUCUACACCCUGCGCUCCAGCCGCUUGGCCGGGAGGCACAAGGGCGACGUCAGUUUCCCAGGUGGCAAGUGUGACCCCACAGACCAGGACGUGGUGCACACGGCUUUGCGGGAGACCCGGGAGGAGCUGGGCCUGAUGGUGCCUGAGGAUCAGGUGUGGGGUGUCCUGCAGCCUGUGCAUGACCAGAGAAAGACCACCGUGGUACCAGUGCUUGCCAACGUGGGCCCACUGGAUCUACAGAGCCUCAGGCCCAGCCCCGAGGAGGUGGAUGAGGUGUUUGUGCUGUCUCUGGAUCACUUGCUGCAGACACAGAACCAGGGCUAUACUCACUUCUGCCAGGAUGGCCACUUCAGAUACACACUACCGGUCUUCCUGCAUGGACCACACCGGGUCUGGGGGCUCACAGCUGUUAUAACCCAGUUCACCCUGCAGCUGCUGGCUCCUGGCACCUACAAGUCCUACCUUGUCAGUCCUAAGCUACCGAGUGGCUGAGACCUGGCCCUACACAGGCCCUGCCAAGCUACUCUGGGACUGAAUAAAAUCUUUGACAACUCUGGGCUUUAAUAUCUUCCAUGUGGAGGCCCUGACCUAGGGCCACCCCUGAGGCCUCUGGCUGGGGCUCCACCAUCCAGUUACACAUUCCACACAGCAGGGGCAUUUCCUGUGUGCCAGUCAUUUCGUUUCACCCUCAACAGCUCUGCCUCCAUGCUCUCCCUGCCUGGUGAGAUUGGAAUUCAAGGUGGGAAAAUUCCUUGCUCAAGAGUUUAAACUGGGGCUCUCUGACUGGAACCCAGACUUGUUGCUGUUAGGCUGUACGUAUCUCAGCCUGAAUCUCCCAUUCUCUCUUCUGUUCCUGGCUUGACCCUGUGUUGGGCUUUGGGACUCCAGCCAAGAAUAUAGUGCAUCCACCCCUGCUGUUACCACAACAACACACACAACUUCUGCUGUGUUCCAGGUGCUGUGGGGGAGGAGGCACAACUGUGGACCUGCUAGAUGCUGCCCUGCUCUCUGGAGGAGUGGGUGUUCAGUCUGGAGGAGACCUUAAACCAGGUCACACUGAGAAUGACUGUACAUUAAUCAAUCACAGCAGUGGAAUUAUAUAUCAAUCAUGUA